AAAUUGAUGGCUGCAAUUUCAACAUUGAGAUUCAUCGGUAAAUUUAUAUUUUCACAUUCGAAUCCCAGGGAUCCAAAAUAUGGCAAGCUUGUGCAUCCAUUAUUUUGCUUUCUGAUAAGUUCAGUGAGUUACAUGUGUGGAAGCAUAAAACUGGAAAGUUAAAAUAAAGAAGGAAUAGAAGAUGUAAUUGAAAUUUUAAAUUAGUUUUAAGAAUCACAACAAACAAGAAACUUAAUUGCAUUAGGAUUCCUAUUCUAUGUGUUGCUUAUAGUAAUUGCUAGAUUUGGUUAAGCGAAAUUCACAAUAUUUUAUGAAUUGAUGUGGGCUUGCAAUUUAAGUUUAAUUAGUUCUGCAUAUGCAUUUUGGAAGUAUAAUUGAUGAGUAAUUAGAAAUAAACCAUUGAUAUUGGCAGCCAGCAUGAUAUUAGUGUCAAUCGAUUAAGUGUUGUGGUAUGUGGAUUUAUUGGCAUUUUCUCUAUUUAAAGUCUGGCCAAUUGGAGUGGCAAAGUAUUUGAAUGAAUUCAAUAUGUAGGUAUUUGACAUGGCCAUCAACUACAAAGUUGAGAUUGCUGACCUCCUUUCAUCAUAUAUUUUAUUUGCCACUCUGUUUGUACUUCCUAAGAAAUCAGAAAGGAAUCCCAAUGUCAGCAUGGCAAAUAAGCAUAGGCAUGGGGACAAUUCUGACAAUAGUUUCGAGGUAUGAUCUCUAUUGUAUAUUCUAGACUAUUGACUCCUAAAUCAAUAAUGUUGAAGGGACAGAAAGAAGAAAUCUAUUUGAAUUUAAACUUGUCAAGACAAUUGUGGAAGGACAUACCGUUUAAAAUCUUAACUAUAGCUGAUGACAAACCAUGGUACUUGGCUUUACCUUUUUUGAGUUUUAUGUGGAAUUCUGGCAAUUACAUUCUUGGGUAUCAAUUAUUGAACAGAAUAUCGAGGUAUAUGAAUUAAUGA